CUCAGCAUGCGUGCGUGCGCUCUGGUGCUGGAAUCACAAACGCAUCUUCCCAAAUUAAAAACACAAGAAAUUCAAGAGCAGGAGGUUUGGUGAAAGAAAGAGGCUAAAAAAAAAGAGGUUCCCUUCGCCUGCAACUUUCCUUUUAGCCCGGAACUCCUUUCCUCUGCUACUCGACAAACAUCUGGAAUCUGAUGACUCAACGUUACCCCUCAUCUGCUUCAUCACUUUAUAAAUAGGAGCGUACCUAGUUCUUUGGUACCUACUCUAGCUAUUAUUCACUACGGAUCGUUCACCAAUCUCAGCAGAAGGUAAAGAAAUGGCUGUUGAUCUCAGUAUUCCAGUUUACUCCGCGAGCCAGGUGCUCGAAAAGUUGCAAGGGAAAUGGGACUCAGGAAAGAAGCAACCCUACCCAGCAAUGUAUUCGAGCUUCUUUGGUGGGAUUACCCUUGAUCCGGCAAUGAUGAGUAUUCCCAUCGAUGAUCACAUGGUUCAUAGAGGCCAUGGUGUUUUUGAUACUGCCAUGCUCAUGGACGGAUACUUAUAUGAGCUAGACACCCAUCUCGACCGGUUCUUGAGGUCAGCUGCAAAAGCGAAAAUAUCGUCCCCCUUCCCUCGUGAAACUCUGAAAACCAUACUUAUCCAGAUGACGGCAGCAUCAAAAUGCAAGAAAGGCUCAAUCAGAUACUGGCUGAGCGCAGGGCCUGGUAACUUCUUGCUAUCAUCAGCAGGCUGUCCUGCGCCUACAUUCUAUGCAGUGGUCAUCGAUGAUGGCUUUUCUCAAUGCAAGGAAGGAGUGAAGGUCAUCACAUCCACUGUUCCCAUGAAACCUCCUCUCUUUGCAACAAUGAAGAGUGUCAACUACCUUCCUAAUGUCCUCUCAGUGAUGGAAGCUGAAGAGAAGGGCGCCUUUGCCUCUAUAUGGGCUGAUGAGCAAGGCUACGUUGCUGAGGGUCCUAAUGUCAAUGUUGCAUUCAUAAGCAAAGACAAGGAGCUUCUCCUUCCAUCGUUUGAUAAAAUCCUCAGCGGCUGCACGGCCAAGAGGCUUCUCGCUCUGGCACCUAAAUUGGUUGAGAAGGGCCAACUGAAAAGUGUGGGAACUGGAGACAUUACUAUUGAAGAAGCGAAGAAGUCUGCUGAAAUGAUGUAUGUAGGAAGUGGGCUUCCUUUAUUACCUAUAAUUGAGUGGGAUGAUCACCCAGUUGGGGAUGGACGGGUUGGGGAGCUGACACUGGCCCUCUCUGAUCUUCUAUGGGAGGAUAUGACUUCUGGGCCGGGACUGCAGAGGGUUUGCGUGCCUUAUGCUGAGUGAGCAAGGUGAAUUACAGGAAGCUAAGCAUCUGGGAGAAUUCGCCAUUGUAAUAUGGUACUUAAAACUUAUUGGACACCUAAAUCUUAGUCUCCUUUUCUUUGUCGCGGUCAUUCAGCUUAUGAUUUUGUCAUGCCAAAUUGUUCCCGUGUACUAUGCGUGUCUUGUUCUGCCUGCUCCUUUGUGUAGUUUGUGUGUCAAUGUAUUAGUCUUCCUUUACGAGUGAAUUAUGUGCUUCGAGCUUGAACAAAGAUGUUAAGUCGAUCUGUUUCCCUUUUGCUCUC